CACACUGCACUCCAUUUUGUUUUAUCACGCUCACGACCAAAAAUAAUUUUCGCUGAAGAACUUUGUAAUUUUAAAGAAUUGGCACUGCGCAUCGUUGAACUUAAGUGCUUUAAAACAAAUUUACAAUCAUGGGUCGCAAGAAGAAGAAGGCCUCCAAACCCUGGUGCUGGUACUGCAACCGUGAGUUCGACGAUGAAAAGAUCCUGGUGCAACAUCAAAAGGCCAAGCAUUUCAAGUGCCACAUAUGCCACAAAAAGCUGUACACGGGUCCUGGUCUGUCCAUUCACUGCAUGCAAGUGCACAAGGAGACGGUGGACAAAGUUCCCAACUCGUUGCCCAAUCGCUCAAAUAUUGAAAUUGAAAUAUUCGGCAUGGAUGGAAUACCAGUUGAGGAUCUGCGGGAUCACGAGAAGCAAAAGAAUGGCGGAAAAUCAGAUUCCGACGAUGACGAGCCGGUGGCAAAGGCAAAGAAAGUUGAAUAUUCCAUGAGCGUACCCCCUCCCAUGAUGAUGCCGCCGAAUAUGAUGCCUCCGCAUAUGCUGGGGCAAUAUGGCAUGGGAAUGAUGACACAUAUGCCGCCGUUGCCUCCUUACCCGGUGCCUAUGAUGCCGCACAUGAUGCCGCCGCGUCCCCUGUUUCCAGCUGCAAUGGCCACUACCUCAGCAGCGGCUGCAGCAGCAGCGGCGCAUCAUCAUCAUGCUGCCGCCAUGGCCCAGCAAAAGCCAACGUUUCCAGCUUACAGUAAUGCUACCAUAAGUGCUCCACCUACCACCAAUCAUGCUGGUGGCGCAUCAAGUGCACCACCAAGUGGCCCGCCCGAUGCACAACAGCAACAGAGCCGUCCGCCAGUUCCAAAUGCCUCAUCAGGUGGUGGACAAACGGCCGCUGUUAGCACAAAGAUAAUGCAUCCGCCGGAGGACUCAAGUUUGGAAGAGUUGCGCGCCCGACAGCCCAAAUAUCAGGCGCGUCUGGCCACUGCCAUGGCCGUAAUCGCGAAUCCACACAACAGAAAGAGCCCCAGUAAUAAUGGGUCCACAUCAUCGAUGCCCGUCACACCGCCGCCUCCAUCGCUGGCUGGAAUAUCGCCCACAGGCAGCAGUAGCAACAGCAGUCAUGCCGCCGCAAAUGCGAUUGCUGUCUCCACAGCCAUCUCGAAGGCCCAGGAAACCGCCGCAUUUGUGGCCGUGGCACAGGCUCAGGUCCAGGCGCAAGCACAGGCCCAGGCGCAAGCUCAAGCCCAGGCACAGGCACAGGCGCAAGCUCAAGCAGUGGUCAACGCUCAGGUGCAGGCAGCUCAUGUUGCCCAUGCUGUGGCUGCCCAACAGCAGGCGGUACAACAGCAUCACCAGCAGCAGCAACAGCACCAGCAACAGCAGCAGCAGGCGGUACAACAGCAUGCCCAGCAGCAGCAUCAGCAGCAGGUGCAACAGCAACAGGAUCAAAUCAAUCGAGCUGUGAUGCUUCAGCGUUUACAAGCUGUGCGGCAGCCGGGCAAUCCGGGCGCUGCUGCAGCAGCGGCGGCCGCCGCGGCAUGUGGAAUGAUGCCGCUGCCGGGGCACAUGCAACUGAUGCAACCCAUGCUGAGACCGGCCAUGGCUAUUGGACCACAUGGAGCCCUGAUCGAUGGGAAUAUGUUGAGAGCUGCUGCGGGCCCGGGUCUGCACGGCAUGCCGGCAGGCUUAAUGCCAAUGCAGGCUAUUGGAUUGCCCGGAUUCAAUGGAGCACUGCCUGCGGGCGCCAUGCAUAUGCCUGGCAUGGGCGUUAUGCUGCAGGGUCAUCCGAAUAUGCUGCAGAUGAUGCAGCCGCGAUUCAGAUGAUGUCUGCCCGCAGCGCCGGGUCUGUUGCAGGCGCCAGCAACCCAGCCGCAACCGCAACUACAAUCACAACCGCAGCCACAUCCUCAGCAUCUGCAUGCGCAGCAUCCGCGGCCAUAUCCACGGCCAGCGGCAACGCUGCAUCACCAGCCGCCAUUGUUGAGCCUACCGCUGCCGUUGCUGUUUCACGAAUAAGGCGGAGAGCAUUGGCCAGCUAUUGGCUGAAACCAACAUGACACCAAACAACAGCUAAGCAAAGCAGUCGUCAACAGUCGUCAGCAAGCAAGUUUUUUAAAAAACUACAACCAAAGUCAAGUUCUUUUUUCAAUGUAUAACAGUUUUUGAGACACACACCAAACACACACCAACAGCACACACACACAGAACUAUCAUGCCCACAAGCUACCCACUAACCAGCGGUUAUGCGUAGUAAAUCAGUCGAUGUCAUAUAUAUAUCUCUAUAUAUACAAAUAUUUGGUUUAUCUAAUGCACUCUCCUCGCUUCUGUUGUUUUUUCAAAGCGAUCAAAACUGUUUCAUUUUCCACUAAUCCGAUUUAAUCAAUGUCUCUAUGAAUACAUGUACAUAAAUAUUUGUGCUCUUUGUAUAACACAACCACAAACACACACACACACUGCUAACACACAGACACAAACAUGCACACACACACAUACGCCCCGUUAAACACUAUUAAAAAAAACCUCCUUCAUCUGAAGCUAUUUUGCUGUGCUGUAGAUCUCUUUCUCUAUAUAUGUAUCUAUAUAUCUGUAUAACCAGAAUAUUAAUCGUUGACAUUUUAUCUAUGUUGUCUAUUUUUUUUUUAAAUUCUCUUUCUUUUUUUUAGUUUUAGUGAUCAUAUACAUAUAUUAUUUAAAAACGCCCACCCACACACACUCAAAUUGUUUUAUCAUGUAUUUUAAACCGAAAAGCAAAAGCAAAAUCAAAAGAAAAUCUUCAGAAACACACAGAAAAAAUCCUGAACGCUCAAAGCCCUGGGUAUGUUGACAAUAGCCAUAAGCAGCAUUUUUUGUGUUGUUUUUUCUGUGUUACUUGUGCGUAAAUUAUAGUUUAUCGAUCCUUAUGUCCAUGUGCAAUGCUCUACAAACUGUUAUACUACUGUUAAACAAACAAAAACUCCUUUGUUCAGGCCCCCCAAAUGUUGUCUCUAGACCUUCGUUCGUUCAGUUCUGGCUGACAAAAAGUAAGUCUUAACUUUCACUACAUAGUAUAUAUAAUUAUAUAUAUAUUUAUAUACAAAUAUUCAACUCUCUUUGUAUAAUUUCUGUUAUUUUUGGCCAUCAAAAUGUAUAUGUUUGAUGCACAUUAUUUGGUGUGUGUGUGAGAGCGCCAGACAACAGAUCAGAGCAGGUAUCUACAUUCAAAUUUGUUUUUCUUUCAAUUACUAUUAUGAUAUCUAUAAUACUAUACUAUCCUAAGUCAUUUGGUUAUGGUAUGGUUGGUACUAAACAACAAACAAACAACUACAACAACACCCCCCAACCCCAACCCACUAUAGAUUAUAGAUAGUAGAGUUAUAUGUAGGAGGCAUCUAGUUAUUGAAAUUAUAAUUCACAUGUUAGCAAGUACAAAAAACUAUAUUAAUCUUGAACCAUUUUUAAUUUGUUGUUAUCGUAUUGUUCUUCCAACUGUUCUAAAUUCUUUAGCUUCCUUGCCCCACAAAUUCAGCUGCAAUAACAGUAAUAUGAUAUAGCUACAAAUACUCGAGUACGAGUACGAGUACGCGUACUCCCUCCCAUCAUGUAGGCUCUCAGGCUUUUGUUAAUCCGAUAAUCACUAGACACGAUAUUAGCUAGCAUAAGUAGUUGGUUUAUUGGCAGUCUUGGAAACUCCUAGCUCCAUUUAGUUUUCCUGUAUUUAUGGGAAACAGCAGCAUGAUACACAUACAUACAUAGAUUGAAAUCCUUUGCCCACUCCGAAGAGAUCAUAGAAUACCCGAGACCCCGCUAGGCUAGAACAAUUUAGCACUUCAAUCGUUGAAGAGCACCAAAACCCUACCCUAACACACUCAUCCCGAAACUAAUGCGAACUUGUUUGUCUAUCUACACACACACAUAAUAUAAUUAUAACCAAACCAUAAUCAAUCUAUAUGUAUGUAUAAAUACAUGUAUUACUGUAACUAUAUCGUGUAACUUAA